CGUCUUUCCCAAAGUCAGUCAAGACCUCAGGUUAGUAUAUCUCUGUGGCAUCUGUUGGACUUGACCUGCCUGAAUAAAGACUGAAGGAUGUCUAACAGAACAGCUGUUGGGAAAAGAGGUACAAGGACAUGCGAAGAAAGACUUGAUUUCCUGACAGAUGGACUCAUGAAAGCCAAAAGUCACAUUGUGAAAAGUGACUCUAUACUUGGCGAAGUUGGAAUAGAUGUGGGCUCACCAACAGAGAACUGUGAUAAUGGAAUCCACUACCUGAACCCUCUAACGCCAAACUGGUCUCUGGUGUCAAAGUUUGCUCAGCUUUCACCUGCAGAGGAAUUAGAAGCAAGUGACAAGCAAGACGACUCUGGAGCCAAGACCAACACCGUUUUUGCCGAUAAUAACGAGACUUCAAAUCAGAAGGAAAGAAGCUCCAUCUCACACAUAAAGAGCCAAAAUGAAGUUUUGGGCCAAAAGAGGACUCCUAAUCUCAAAGACUUAAAUCCUGAGAAGUGCUCUGCAAACAAAAAUAUAAGCGAGACCAAAAUCCGAAAUGGAAAAAGCCCGUCUGAUAAGAACUGUCCCAAAAAAAGCAAAGAAGACAAAGUCUCUCAGUUUUUGGUGGCCAUGAAAAGACGGGGAUUGAUCGACACUGAGGAUCGUCCCUUCAAAUGUACACAUUGCCAAUGGGCUUUCAAGAAGCUCUGCAACUUACAGAGUCACUUACAAACCCACACGGGCCUCAAGCCACAUGUGUGUGAUAUAUGUGGCAAGGCUUACUCGCAUCAGGGCACGCUGCAGCAGCACAAGCGUCUGCACACUGGUGAGAGGCCGUAUCACUGUCCUUUCUGCGCUAAGACAUACAUCUGGUCCUCAGAUUACCGCAAGCAUAUCCGCACGCACACGGGUGAGAAGCCCUACACCUGUGACACUUGUGGGAAGGAUUUUAUCCGCUCCUCUGAUCUGCGGAAGCAUGAAAGAAACAUGCACACCAACAACAAACCGUUCCCCUGCACACACUGCGGCAAGACUUUCAACAAGCCCCUCUCCCUGAAGCGCCAUGAGAGGAAGCACCUGGGGGAGAGGCCCUUCUCCUGCCCCGACUGUGGAAAAGCAUUUGCCCUUGCCAGUCGCAUGGCAGAGCACCAAAAAAUCCACAUGGGAGUGCGCCCGUACAUUUGCUCCGUGUGCUCCAAGUGUUUCACAAAAUCUUCCAACCUAACAGAGCACGAGGCCAUUCACAGCGGAGUGCGCCCUUAUAAGUGCACCGACUGUGGCUUGGCGUUCGCCAUGGCCUCCCGUCUGGUUCGUCACCAGUUUAUCCACAACAAUCAGAAACCCCACAGCUGCAUCGGCUGCAGCAAAAACUUCAGCCACCUGGCUCAGCUGAAGCUUCACCAGGAGCAGACUUGUGCUGGGAGGAUUUUCGUUUGUGUGCAGUGUGACAAAUCGUUCCUGUGUGCCACAAAGCUUGCACAGCAUGUGAUCGAACACAAAGAAAAAAGUGUGUGAACUUGAUUAAAGACGGGCAGUGAUCUACCACAACGUGUCGUCUGCUCCGUAGCUCUGGAUAGUGUCAAAGACAACAGGCCCAACUCGGGUCAGGGGGCACCACAAUUUAUUUAUAAAUAUGUAUGUUGAGUUAAAAACUCUCCCUUUCUUCUCUAUGGUGCUGAGUUUAAUAGCUUUUGUAUUCUAAUUUUAUUAGACAACAUUAUGGGGUGAAAUAUCAGCAAAAGUAAUAAUAAAUAAAAAUUGAAUUAAAUUUUAUCAAUUAAAGUCAGACUUUGCUUUUCAACCAUGCUUCAAAUGAAUAAUAAAAAAAAAUAAACUCAUGGAACAGGCCCGGACAAAAAUUAUGGUACCCAAACUUUAAUAUUUAGUUGCAAAACCUUUUGAGGCAAUCUAUUCAUGUAACUGCCAAUGAGACUUCUGCACCUCUCAGCAGGUAUUUUGGCCCACUCCUCUGAGCAAACUGCUCCAGUGGUGUCAGGCUUGAAGGGUGCCUUUUCCAGACGACACGUUUCAGCUCCUUCCAAAGAUGCUCAAUAGGACUGAGGUCAGGGCUCAUAGAAGGUCACUUUAGAAUAGUCCAAUGUUUUCAUCUUAGCCUUUCUUGGGUGUGUUUAGGUGUGUGUUUUGGGUCAUUGUCCUGUUGCAAGACCCAUGACCUGCAGCUGAGACCAAGCUUUCUGACACUGGCCAGUACAUUUCUCUGUAGAAUCCCUUGAUAGUCUUGAGAUGUCGUUGUACCCUGCUCACAUUCAAGACACCCUGUGCCAGAUGCAGCAAAGCAGCCCCAGAACAUAACAGAGCCUACUCCAUGUUUCACAGUAGGGACAGUGUUCUUUUCUUGAUAUGCUUCAUUUUACUGUCUGUGAACAUGGAGCUGAUGUGCCUUGGCAAAAAGUUCCAUUUCUGUCUCAGCUGUCCAUAGGACAUUCUUCCAGAAACUUUGUGGCUUGUCAACAUGUAGACUGGCAUAUUCCAGUCUGGCUUUUUUAUGAUUUGCUUUCAACAGUGGUGUCCUCAUUGGUCGUCUCCCAUGUAGCCCACUUGGGCUCAAACAAGGAUGAAUAGUGAAAUCUGACAGUGAUGUUCCUUGAGCUUGAAGUUCACAUUGGAUCUCUUUAGAUGUUUUUCUGGGCUCUUUUAUUACCAUUUCGAUUAUUCAUCUCUUUGAUUUACUAUCAAUUUUUCCUCCUGUGGGCACAUCCAGGGAGGUUGUCUACAGUCCCAUGGAUCUGAAAUUUCUGAAUAAUAUGUGCAACUGUAGUCACAGGGGCAGCUAGCUGUUUGGAGAUGGUCUUAUAACCUUUACUUUUAACAUGAUUGUCUAUCAUUUUAUUUCUAAUCUCCUGUGACAACUCUUUCUUUCACUUCCUCUGGUCCAUGUUGAGUUCAGCAAACACCGUGUCACCAAACAACUACCUGAAGUCACAGUCACUUCUAGGGGUGUCGGUACAGGAUCUGCUCGGGUGCAAGAUCGGCUCGGGGUCCUUCGACUGCCGAUGACGUCAAAGUACGGCAAACCCACUCGGACAAAAUACACUACACAUCUAUACUGUUGGAAAGAAUUUAGCAGUUUCGUUAUUAAAAUAAUGUUUCUUAAGAUGUAAGUUUGUGUUUAUAAUGGUAUUUGUAAAAUAAAACACUAUAUUGUAUUCAUAAAGUUGAACUCCUCUUUGAGCACAUCCCUUGAAGGAUCAUAGGUAUUAGCAACACCUGUGAAAUGUAUUUGCAGGAAAGAAGUGUGUCCCGUUUAUUGAAGUAUUUUGUGUUUAGAGUUUUUGACGUCUUGUCCAUGCGUAGUUCAGUUACGCUCAUAGCUGCUAGCCAAAACUCUGGAGUUAAAAGUUUUCUGGCUUUACUAAAAUACCUGUCUGUACUUAUUUGAUUGAUGGUAGUUUUACUUUCUAUUAGACUCCAAAUGUAAUCAUUUCACACGUUUCCAAUUCAUAAUUUGUAAGAAUGUAUUUGGUGAUAUUAGCAUUAGCAUUCCUAUGGGUUUUUCCACGUAUAUUAGCAUUGCGCUAACCACUCGCUGCCAAAUUGCAGCCUUUACGAUUAGAAAAUCUCCUUUUGUCACAUCGCAAUUUAAUUGCACAUGCAGUUAAUCGUUCAGCCCUAAUAUACAUGCAGCUCUAUGCUAAAAGUGUAUUUUCAAAGAGUUAAUGAUGGAUUUCUUUGUAAAAGUUUUCCAUCUUUCCAACAGAAAGAUUUGCCUGGACCAACGUAACGUGAUAACAACGUAACAUGAUAACAACGUAACAUGAUUACGUAAUUCCGUAAGGUUCAUGUUCAGCCAAUCAACUACUUUGACGUCAUGGGCAGUCGACGGAACCCGAGCCGAUCUUACACCUGAGCAGAUCUUGUACCGACAGGGGCACCAUCAUUUUGGUUCAGGCCAUUUCCAUGAUUUUAUUUUUUUUUUUUUUUAUAAUUUUGCUGAAGCUUGGUUGAAAAGCAUUGUCUGACUUUCAUUGGUUAAAAUUUCAUAGAAAUUUUAUUACUAGUUUUCUUGUCCGGGGAUUGGACCGCCAAGGCUCCCGCCUUGGUCUGCCACCCGAUUCGCAUUGCACCGGACCCUUCAUGUUCCUCCUGCGGGUGGUGGGUCCACAGUUGGACGAGCCCAUGUAUCCGGUUCGGGCUGGGCCCGGCCGGGCCCCAUGGGCGAAAGCCCGGCCACCAGGCGCUCGCUCACGGGCCCCAACCCCAGGCCUGGCUCCAGGGUGGGACCCCGGUAACCCUCCGGGCCGGGUACUCCGACUCUUCGUUUUAACCGCCAUGAAAGAUCCUUCGAACCGUUCUUUGUCUCACCCUUCACCUAAGACCAAUUUGUCAUGGGAGACCCUACCAGGGGCACUAAGUGCCCCAGACAACAUAGCUCCUAGGAUCAUUAGGGCACUCAAACUCCUCCACCACGAUAAGGUGACGGUUCAAGGAGGAGAAAUGAGUUUCCUCCGUAGGGUGGCCGGGCUCAGCCUUAGAGAUAGGGUGAGGAGCUCGGACAUUGGGGAGGGACUCGGAGUAGAACCGCUGCUCCUCCGGAUCGAAAGGAGCCAGUUGAGGUGGUUUGGGCAUCUGGUCAGGAUGCCUCCUGGACGCCUCCCCGGGGAGGUGUUUCGGGCAUGUCCUGCCGGCAGAAGGCCCCCGGGUCGACCCAGGACACGUUGGAGAGGUUACAUCUCCAAUCUGGUCCGGGAACGCCUUGGGGUCCUGCCGGAGGAGCUGGUGGACAAGGCUGGGGAGAGGACGGCCUGGAGCUCCCUAGUUGGGAUGCUGCCCCCGCGACCCGGACCCGGAUAAGCGGAGGAAGACGAAGACGAAGACGAAGAAAUUUUAUUAUUACUUUUGUCAGAUUCAAGUUAUUUCUGUGACCAUUGUGUUGUUUUUUUUCACUGACUACAGGGUACCAACAGUUCUGUCCACAACUGUAAUGCAAUUGAUGACACGCACAGGUUGUCUUCUUUGCAUUUUAGGUAUUAAGGAAUAUUUUUGGUUUCUGAUUCCGUGACUUUCCUUUAAAGGAGCAUCUCUGACCAAAUCAGGUAAUUAAGUUAAUUCAAAGAGAUUUUCUGCCAUUAUAAAUUAUGUUUUGUGCAUCUAUCAUAACUAUCAUCUUAAUUUCCUCUGAGGUCACUGAUGGCCUAACUGUAAGGAGUUCAGCCAAGAUCAGUGUCUGUCGAUGCAGCCUUAAAAGGGCUCAACAUUUUCAGAGCUAUUUACAAAAAAAUUACUUAAAAAGCUUUUACCCUUCCAUCGAUGUUGAUUAUGCAGAAGACAACUAUGCUUUUUAUGCAAGAUUAUGUAUCAUCUAUGGGGUGCCAUUUGUAAAGUCAAACUGUCAUAAUCUAACAGCAAUAUUUUUGGUUAUUUAGCAUACCAUAAGAGAAAAAAUUGGGAGUUCACUUUUUUGAAGUCAUAUUUUCAUCAUGUUAUUCAUACAUUUAUAAAUGUUAUAAGUUUCCAAAUAAAUAUUUAGUUAGCAAGCUAAAUAUUUAAUUUGUAGUUAAAUAUUUAUUUUUCAAACUAAAUAUUUAGGCCUGAUCUAAAUAUUUAGUUUGUAAAAUAAUUAUUUAAUUCACUAACUAAAUAUUUAAUUUACUAAUUAAAUAUUUAUUUUUGAACUAAAUAUUUAAUUUGUAAAUUAAAUAUUUAUUUUCCGAAAUAAAUAUUCAGAUCCCAGCUAAAUAUUUAUUUUGGAGCUAAACAUUUAGUUUGCAAAAUCAGUAUUUGAGAAAUAAAUAUUUAAGUCUGACCGAAAAAUAUAAAAUAUAGUGUGGAGCUAAAUAACAUCGUGGAAAAUAAAUAUUUAGCUGGUACUUAAACAUUUAGCUAAUAUGCAGAUUCGCUUGCCAAUAAGCGGAAGUUGGUUACCAAAAUAAAUGCUGGAUCUCGCUAACUUCUUUAUAAACUCUUGCUCCGAACCAGAACUUGUUUUAUCUCCGGUUCUAUUUUUCUGAACAUGUCCGACGUGUUGGCUGAAGAAGAAUAAAUAAAAUAAAUAUUUUAUUUACAAAUUAAAUAUUUAGUUCCAAAAUAAAUAUUUAAUUAGUAAAUUGAAUAUUUAGUUAGUGAAUUAAAUAAUUCUUUUACAAACUAAAUAUUUAGAUCAGACCUAAAUAUUUAGUUUGCAAAAUAAAUAUUUAACUACAAAUUAAAUAUUUAGCUUGCUAACUAAAUAUUUAUUUGGAAACUUUAACAUUUAUAAAUGUAUGAAUAACAUGGUGAAAAUAUGACUUCGAAAAAUUGAACUCCCAAUUUUUUUCUCUUAUGAUAUGCUAAAUAACCAAAAAUAUUGCUGUUUGAUUAUGACUGUUUGACUUUACAAAUGGCACCCCAUAAACACCAGCAGCAACAAACUGUAGUGUUUUUGAUGCUUUUCACAUGUAGGACAUAAAAGCAAAGUUGCACCCAGGAUGAUGUGUGUUUUAUCGGUAUAAUGCUGCAGUUGGUGAAGAGUCAUAAAUUCCUCUCUGAUGUGGUCAAAACUACCAUAUUUUAACAUUAUCUACCAUCAUAACUGUUUUUGAUUAUCACUUUGAAUCAAAGUGAACAUUAUACAAAGGCUGUGUGUUAGAUGUGGAUUUAAACCAGUGGAUAAAAUAGCAAGUAUGUAAUAACACUGUCAUUGUUUUGUAUGCCUGUAUAUGGGAUGCUAGCACAUUAUUUUAGAAGACAAUUGAUUUCACAAAUACCAAUAAAAUACAAUUUUCUAAGUACAGGUUUUAAUUUGUUUGAAUCCAAAUGUUAAAAGUCACAUUUUUUUUAAUUAUAAUUAGAAAAUAAGAGCAGCUUGUGUUUAGUGUAUGUAGUGGAGCAGGAAUAAAAAAGUUAACAUUUAUAUGUAGAAUAUGAACAAGUAGCUUUUUCAGAGUGCUGCUUUUGGAAUCUGAUGACUUUAAAUGAUCCAGUGUUGGGUGUGAAUGAACUGGCACACUACUGACAGGCUGAAUGCAGUGACUGGUAUAUUGUUCGUGUGCGCUGGAUUCUUGGCCACUCACACUUGGCUUCUGCAGACUAAUCGUAAAAGGAUCCAACACCUGCCAUGUUGUCACUCGCUCUACUCUAAGUGAAACGUCUCUUUUGGCAUCACAGCUCUUUUUUGGCGGUUGUAUGUAUUGAAUGUGUGUUUAUUAUUUUUCUAAAUCCAGAGAAGAAAAACAAAAUCAAACAGUUUCUAGAGAACAACCACUGAGGGAAGAUGAUGGCAUCUUAUGAUUAAAAAAAAACACACAAAAUUUAAGUUGUUAUUAUUAUUAUUAUUAUUAUUAUUAUUAUUAUUAUUAUUACAUUUUACCCUGUUCCUUAGAAUACAAGCGUCUAUGCAAACACAUACACUUUAUGCAUCAUUGUAGUCUUGCAAAUGAGUCAAUAGAGUUAACAAAAAAUGUUUCACUUUUUGUUAUUUUGCUUCCAAGCAGCCACUGUUUUUGUAAAUUCUUUAAAGUGGUCUGAUUCUGAUCAUUAUUCAGUCUGCCUCUUUGCCGGUUUUUAAGAGUCGACUGAAAAACUCUUUUUUGUCGAUUAGCGUUUCCAGAACAUGUUUGAAGUCGGUUUGCUUUUAUGUUAUUUUUAGUUCUUGUUUUUAAUUGCUGUUUUAUUUCUUGUUAGGGCGCUUUUAUCCAUUGUUUUAUCCCUUAGCCUCAUGCUCUACGUUUUAUGUUCUACGUUUUAACUUCUCUUUUUAUGACUAUAUGUCUUUUCACAGUGUGUUCUAGCACCAUGGGUGCCCGGAAAGGGUUGUGGAAGGCGCUGUAUAUUAAUAAAGCUUUGAUUGAUUGA